UUAUCCGCUUCAUUCCUUAUCACCAGCACCGCCCUUCCCAAGCAUCCACAGAUGAGUUACGAGACAAACAAGUUGCAAGUGUCUUUUCACUUUCGAUAUUUAAUACACAUGGCUGUCCCCAUCUUUUCCUGUCAUAGAAAGGUCACCCCACAUUAUCAAGGUCACAGGAAACCCAUUCUCUUCAUACAUUUCCGAUCUGCGGGCUUCUCACAGCACCUUAGCUUUUUUUAUAAGCUUCCUCCAAAUGCCUGCCUGCCUGCCACUCACCAACUGCCUACAAAAAUCAACAUAUAUUCCAGUGCGAGAACCCAGUAAUCUGAACCUCACAAACCUACAAAAAAAUCUAUAAGAACCAAAAUCCUGGUUUCUUUUAGCACAUGAAGAAUUCUUCUAAGGUACUAAGCGAUAUCAUAUGGAAAUGGACUAAGAGAAAGAAAGGCCAUUUUGCUGUCUACACCAAGGAAGGCAAGAGGUUCGUUGUGCCUUUAUACUAUUUGAAUCACCCCAUCUUCAGAGUUCUACUGGAAAUGGCUGAGGAGGAAUUCGGAACCACGACUCAUGGACCACUGCAAGUUCCUUGUGAGGAAGAAUUUAUGGAAUACAUUUUCACUGUACUGAGGAAGAAUCCUUCUGUGGAAGUGGAAACUGCUUUAAUCCCCGUGAACAGUUGUGAGGGAAUUUCAAUAUCUUCUUUUUUCCCUGUUAUUCCUACCCAUAAUCAAGCUGCUCCUGGAUCUAUAGCUGUGUAGACCGGGAUGCUAAGUGAUUAGGCUGCAGUCUUGUACAUUUGUAGUUGUGGGAAUUAAAGUUUUUGUCCUUCA